AAUACAAUUUGUUCAACGACGUACGAACGGUAUGCAGCCAUGCAGACCACACUACGCGUAAUCGGCCGCCGCCGUAAUUCCUCGUUCGGCCGAGGUCCAAGAUAAUACCAUCGUUAUUCGUUAUCGCGUUUCGCGUGGUGAUGCAUUGGUGCUUGCCCCGGCACCCUUCCGCUCGUUGUUGAGUCUUAAACGUUAAAUUAUUAAAUGUUGCAAUUUGUUAUGACAUUCGUCAGUCAGCGCUUGUAAUCGUCUAAAAAACGGAAAUCCGUUUAUGUCGACAACGCCCGAUCUUUWAACCUGCAUUUUUUGCGUGUUUUCCUCUCCGCACUCGGUCACGCACAACGGCAUCACUUGCACCUUCCAUUUGCCGCCGCCGUCAGCCGACUCGAUUUUUCCGUCUUCGUCUUUGUUUUUCGACGUCGGUCGAAAAAAAUCAUUUCGAAGAACCUGUUCAACGAUUCGGUAAAAUUUUUCGCGUCGUGUUUUGCGUUUUGUUUUGUUUUCUCUUUUUUUUCUUUUUCACAACCCUAGGUUUCUUACUGUUGCUGCUACUAUUCUUAUCGUCAUAAACGUUGAACGUUAGAUUUUUAUAAUGGAGAGUACUGCCGUCAAUGUGAAAGAAGAAGACACUGCCUCAGUUGUCGCCAACGCUGCUGCCACCAGUACCGCUACCAGUGAGUCAAAUGCGAUAUCAGUGACUGAUGAAAUUGUUCCACCCAUUAAGUUAGAGAAGGAAAUGAUUAUGAAUAUAGAUGACGUUGAACAAUUGGUGGACAGUGAACUAGUCGUGGUGUCAAAUGAAACUGCAAUUGCUGUUGAUGUCACUAGUAACAAUCCCAAAAUCGAAGAAGAUCAAUUAAAUUUAGCCAUGGCAUCUACAACGAUAUCAACUGAUAAAGUAGAUGAGAUUAAACACAAUCUAGAAGAAAAAGUUUUGGAUGAACAACAGAAACUGGCAACAGAUACAGUUGAAAAGGAUAUAAUAAACAAUGAAAAAUCUGAUACAAAUCUAGAUAUCUCUAUUAAAACAAAAUCUGAGUCUGAUGAAUUAAAUAACUCAACAAUUGGUAGUGUAUUUGAAGAUGCUGUUGAGUAUAUUAUAAAUGAUGAARAAGACAAUAUUGUAAAAAAACAACCUCAAGAUGUAAUUCAAGAGGAAAAUGUUCGUGAUGAUGAGAACAGUUCGCAACAAGAAGUAGAGAGAGGUGAUGGUGAAGAGGAAUCUGGAGAAGAAACCAAAGAUCCUGCAGCACCUGCAGAACCUGUAGUACCCGUGCCCGUGGACGAUGAUACUAAUGAUCCACAAUACAUACCUAGACGUGGACGAUUCUACGAACAUGAUGACCGCAUGGCAUAUAGUACAACAAGCUCUGAAGGAUCAGAAUCAGAUAAUGGAUAUGAAGAAGAUUCAGCAGAUGAUGAUGAAGUUUCUGAUCGCCGCCGUAUUAGAAGACGACAUACAGGCAUUAAAAAACAAAAGUCAGUGACCCCAGUAGAUACUGUUGAAAACGCUGCUUUAGAAGUUGGGGAUGGAACUCUGUCUACUAAGAAAGUCUUGGCCAUAUCUAAAGUUGCUGCUGCAACAAAAGAAUUAGAAACUUCUGUAGCUGUUGAAGGAACAGCUAAAAAACCCAGUGUAGGUUCUAGAAAAACUCGUGAUUUAGAUGCUCUUGAUAAGUGGACACAUGAUUUGUAUGAUGAAAACGAGCAAACACGCAAAAGCCGUGAUGAGUUACUGGCCUCUUAUGGAUAUGAUAUACGUGAGGAAUCAGAAGCACCUCGUGCUCGACGCCACCAUAAAUAUGGGCGAGCUGCCACUUCUAAAUAUACUCGUAGUUGGCAAGAUACAAAAGCUUACAUUGGUGCUGGUGGCCAACAGUCCAUGAAAGUUAAGCGUGGAGGUUUGGUUCGACGCAAUGUGGGUGGUCCAAAUAAAAACAUAAACAAAUCUACAACUGAUGAGUACACCACUGAAUUUCCCGCUUUGGAUGAUACAAAAAAAUCAAAGCCUAAUGCUUCAACUGGGUCUUCUGCAGUUGUAGAAGUCUCAGGACAAAAUCAUGAACAACAACCAAAAACUCUUAUUCAGAAUGAAGAUAAAAAAUCUGUUGCUCCAGCUGUGGAAACUAGCCAGGCUCGGCAUCACACUCCGUCAUCCCGAUCAACUUCAAAAUAUAAUACAACUUCCCCUACAAAUCGAAACAGUCGCCAGGAGCAGCAAAAUGGUGGAUCUUCUUCGUCAUCGCCAUCGACUAAUAAUAAAAACUAUUUCAAUCGUCCUUCAACAGAGUCUCCAAUUAGCAAAGAAAAAGUUGCUCAAGUAAAUCGAGACUCUCCUUCUGCAACAGCAAACUCAAACUUCUUCAACCGAAAACCACAUCAAAACAGUGGUGGCCAUAAUUAUAAACCACAACACUUCAACAGUGGUCAAGGUGGCCAAGGACAUAACCAGCAACAUCAAAAUUCUUCACCUUCAAUACCUCGUAGCCGUAACUUCCAUCAACAUCAUACUUCACAACAAUAUAAUCGUGAUAGAUAUUUUUCUAAGGGAUCAGCACCAUUAUCUUCAUCCAGUUCAAAUCAACACAACUACGAUCAGCAGCAUCAUUCUGCAACACCUAAUACUGCUGGCACAGGACGUACACAACAUGGUGGUGGACAUUAUCAAAAUUACAGUAAUCGUCAAUAUGAGAAAGAAAAUCAACAAAUUGAGCCGCCUGCACCACCAACACCAGUUGUACGAAGUUCAAAACGAUAUUCAGUUCAAAGUCGCAGGGAACUUCCUGACCCAGUACUAAAUUUUGGYGGAAUAUCUAAGACAUCUCAGCAACAGCCUCCAGCUCCACAGCAACAAAAUGGGUUAGUUAUGCAAGAACAACAAAUGCAACCUACGCCUCAACAAUUACAACAACAACAACCAAUUCAAAUUCAUCAACAACCACCACCUUUGCAAAUACAACAGUACCACCAACCCUUACAACAAAUACAUCAUGGUAUGGUGCUUGAUCACAACACUGGUAUGAUGGUUAUGGCUACUGCUGAUCCAUCCAUGUACCAUCAUCAAAUGUAUGCUACACCCCAGUAUGCUWCUGGAGUUCCACCAGGUCCAGCAGCUGGAAGUGCUGAUGAUCAAAAUGCAGCAGCAGCAGCUGCUGCAGCUGCUCUUCAGAUGCUUGCUGCUCAGGCAGCUGUUUACCAACCAGUACCAACAGGUGCUACAGGUGUAACAUCACCACCACCUGGAACACAAUCCUUACAGCAACCAGAAACCUUCAUGACUACUUACUAUCAACCACAGCAACAGCCACAACAACAACCUCCUCCAAGACGGGUUAAUCUUGCUAUACCCAUAGUGGCACCACCUCCAGAACCUAUUCAACAACAAGGGAAUUUGAAAACUAAUUUAUCUACUACACCACCUCCUACAACAGCUUCAACCAAUUGAGAAUAGCUUCCAUAACUAACUCAUAACUAAUAUACAAUAUUGAAAUUUUUUUUUAACAUUUCUUAGUUUUAUACACUUAUCACUUGGCUAAUAAUUGGUUUAUACUUUUUAUYAUUAUUUUAGAUAAUGACAUCAACUAUUUCUGACCUAAAUUUUGUUUUUAAAUAUUUUUUUUAUUAAAAUUAAAUUAUUUUUUAUUUUCGUUCAAGAAACGAAUCCAAUUAUAGUUAAUUUUUUAAGAAUGCAUUACUACAGUGCUACAGUUGAUUUCAUAAUAUACAGAUAAGCCAUAGGAGUUUUCAGUAGCUAAAAYUCCUAUUCUAUGGCUUUACUAGUAUAUUGUAAAAUCAAUUAUACCAUAUUUCAUUUUAGCUUAAUAGUUGUUUUAUUGUUUGUUUUUCUAUAUUAUUGUAUCAUUAUCAAUAAUCAAUUAAAAUACCAAUAAACCAUUAAAACUAAGACAUUUUUUUUUUAUC